AUGAGUGCUCGCGCUUUCCUCACCAGCAAUGCUGCCGGCCAACGUGAUCCGGCAUUUCAGACAACUGGCUUUUGCUACGAUCCUCUGUCGACGGAUCAUUAUGUCCGACCUGGCGCAGAUGGAAUCCAGGCUCGUGCAAAAGCUCAUCAGGAGCGAUUCCUGGACACCAUGGAGACAUUCAAAGUGCAGUUCCCAAAUGCUAAGAAUUUCGAUCUUCACGAGCCUAGAAGUUGGAGCGCAGUGCUGAACGAAGGCUUCGCGGCAAAGGGAGCUUAUGAAUCAAGGCACAAGGGGUGGAAAGGGUCACUGUUUCGUGGAUCGAGAAAGAUCGCGGACAACGCAUCUACCAUCACCACGGUCUUGGAACGUACGCUUCCGUCAGGUGAAUACAGUUCAAUCGUAUGCGGCGCUGUCAUUCUCGUCUUCAGGGCUUUUCAUGCGGUGGGCACUGUACGCGUGAUGGUCUUGAAGACGUUGAAAGACUCCCCUCUUGUACUGGAGAUGGCAGAACGAGUUCAAAACCUUUAUCCGAGACGCUCGACGCUCAAAGAUGCAGUGGCAGAGGUCCAUCUCGCUCUUCUCGCUGCCAUCAUGGCCAUCGUUGAGUGGCUACGAAAACAUCCCUUGAAGCGACUUUCUGCGCUUAUACUACAAGAUGACUACGAGAGUGAGCUGAAAGAUCAUGUCGAGAAUUUGCAAGAAUCGACAGAGAGAUUGAAAGCCGAAGCCGAUCUUUGUCACAAAGAGAGCACAAAAGAUAUCGCAGUCAAGAUUGAAGCCAUCCAAGAAGACACCAACGUGGCAAUAUCCCUGACUACCAAUAUCCUGCUCAUGGCUAGCGAGAUCAACGCCGGUGUCCAGGGCCUGGAUGAGAAGAUGACUGACACAAGGACACAGAUUAAUACCCUUGAUACAAGACUUGGAAAAGUUGGCAGUGGCGUUGAGAGAACCGAGGAGACAGUGCAAUACCUACUCAACGUUGUCAACAACUUGUCCCGGCAGUGGGAAACAACACCACGAUACUUGCCUCCGAUUCAUGACGCAUGGCCGAAUGGGCAGACUGCCGUGAUGAGCAUACCAUUGCUAUCAGCCCUAGAUAUCCAAUCGAUCUUAGGUGAUUGGAGUGAGCACAACAGUAUACUCGCGGAGUAUUACUCAACCGUGGCCAGUGACGUUGGACCUCAGACUUCGGCUUCUAUUAUGGACUCGCCCCAGUUCCAAUCCUGGUUCUCAUCCAGCGCAUCGCAGAUACUCUUCGUCGAGUACGACACCGUCGACGAGCAAGUCCAGCCUGGGUCAUUUGUCACGGCAACCUUGAGCCAGGCAUUGCCUCGCUUUCAGCCUGCUGCAUGCCUCACUCAUUUCUGCUGUCAGACCAGACAGUAUUCGGACGGUAACCCUGAAACUCUUUCGGAUCCGGUAACAAGCAUGCUUGGCUGUCUGAUCGUUGAGUUGCUCCGGCAACUCUCCAUUGAUCUUGGCCGAUGGGCGCAGAACAAUUCUUUGGCUUUCCACAAAGCUCAACUCCAGGCUAACGACCUACAAUAUCUUUACAGUCUUUUCAAAUACGUGGUUGGAGCCAUUUCUGCAGGAACAAUCUUCUGUCUACUCGACGAUGUUCAAGAACUUGAAAGAGAAGCCGAUGUACUUCUGUUUUUGAAAGCCUUCAACUACCUUCAAGACGUGGUGCGAUCUUGUUCGCAACGGAGAAGUGUGUCAUUCAAGGUCCUGGCUAUGACGGUCUCGAAAAGCAGCGUUCUGACGUCGCAGUUGCAAGGCGAUGUCUGCGACUGGUUGCAUGUGGAGGACUCACGCCGUCAACGCACGAGAAGUCUGGAAGAAUCUCAUUUUCUUGGAGCAUGGUAA